UAUUUUCCCUUUAUCCUUGUACCUUACAAUUCUUCUGCAUUAUGGAUUCUCUUGGCACUAGUAGCAAUGAAAGGCCAAUUAACCAUGUUGAGAUUCUCAAACACUCUAAUGAUAUAGAAGCAAACCCUAACCAAGACAUGGAAGAAAACAAUAUUGAGUACCCUGAAAGGGAACAUUGUCUUGGGGCAGCUGUGUUUGGAGCCAAAACUGGGUUGUUCGUAACCACCUUACUGAUGAUUGCCAUUGAAGCUUUGAAUGAAAACAUCAUAGUCAUAUUUCUUGCUGGUUUUUUAGGAAUAGUUGCUGGGGCUUGCAGCAUGCCAAUUGAAGAGUUUGUAUCUGUUGACACAGAGGUAGCUCAAAUGAAAGUCCACCAUAAAGAACACAACGAAAUGGAGGAAGAUGAUAUACUUCUAAACCCUUUUCAAGCUUCCUUAGCAUCAGCAAUUGGAUUUUCUAUUGGUGGAAUGGUGUCAGUGCUAAUAGCUACUUUCAUAAGGGAUUAUAAGCUCAGGCUGCUAGUUAUUUCUGUGGCUAUGUUGGCAUUGUUGAUAUUUGGAGGGAUGAUUGCAGUACUUAGAAAAAGUAAAACUCUAGUGAGAAGGAAUGGUGAUAGUGGUGAUUGGAGGUUAGAUAACUAUGGCUAUUAUUUUUGGCUUUAAGGAUUGAAAACUGAUACUCGUGAUUGAUGUAGAGCUUAAGUCAU